AUGUGUCCAAGACUGGGAUUGAAUGAGUUCAACAGAAGCAAACUGAACAAGAGAGUUUCUUUUUCAAGAUCAUCAGGAGUCAAGUGGAAUUCGUACCUUCCUAAAUGUGUCAUAAAUCGAGUUUCAACGAUUUGUCGAUUUAUUUUAGAUAAUGCCCAUUGCCAUCAUAAUGAUUGCCUCGGCAAUAAUAUUAUCUGA